AUGGGCCAUCACCCCGAUUUCGAGCAGGUCCAAGCGACCCGGCCGGACUUCAAUCACGAGAAAGAAGUGAUCGUCUCCAAGUCGCCCAACCCGACCUGGAAGCAAGGCGAUGGGGCCAACGAUGGGGGCGAAUCUCUCAAGAAGCAUCACGUCGAGAUCGACCCUUACGCCGAGGGCCGUCCCGUGGCCAACAACUACAAGUUACUGAUCUCCGGCAUGGUGCCUCGGCCGAUUGCCUUGGUCAGCACGCAGUCCGCCGAUGGAAAGACAACCAACUUGGCGCCCUUCAGCUACUCCCAAGUAAUCAACCAUGACCCACCCUUGUUCACUGUUGGAUUCUCCGGAUCCUUGGAGAAAGCCAAGGAUACUCUGAAGAACCUGGACGAGACCAAGGAAUGUGUGAUCAACAUUAUCUCCGAGCACUUCCUUGAGGCGGCCAACUCGACCUCGAUUAAUGCGCCCUAUGGCUAUUCCGAGUGGAAGGUGUCGGGCCUCACCCCGGCGCCAACCACGGUGGUGAAGCCUGCUCGUGUGAAAGAAUCUGUCUUUUCGAUUGAGGGCAAGGUGGUGGAAGUCAAGGAAUUUGAAAGCCGUGCAAACCCCGGUCAAGCCAGUGGUGUGCUGGUGAUUAUUGAGGGCGUGCGAUUCUGGGCCCGUGAAGAUGCGAUCAACGAGGACCAGAGUGCCAUUGACCUGCGAGUCCUCAAGCCCAUGAGCCGUCUGGGCGGCAUCUCGUACGGUCGGACUACAGAUGUCAUGGAGAUUCCUCGCCCGCAGUUUGAGUCCUGA